GCUGCCUCAUCUUCCUUGACAACUUCAACGACGUCGAAUAGUCGAAAUUGGUUGAAGGGAUGCAAGGGAGGUAUGACUGGACUAAGGUCUGGCAAAAUGCGCUGGUGGGGAAGUUCGACGAUAUUCUCUACCGGUUGUUGAGGCAACAAAAGGAGGAACGGGAAAAGGUGAAGCUGGGAGAGGUGAAGGACGGUGAGAUUUAUAAAACUUUGACCUGCAUGAGAGAGAUGAUGGAGGGCAUGAAGGAGGAAAGGCUAAAGUUCCAAAUCAUGUUGGCCAAAGAGAAAAAUAGUAAGAGGAAGGGGAAAGCGCCGGCGGAAGAAGAAAGUGACAGUGAGAGUGAGGAAGAAAAGGAGCCGCCUCGCAAGUUGACAAAGGCAGAGAGGAAGGUCUUGAAUCAAAUUCGAGGCGGACAGGGGACUUCCCAUAAACAGGGGAAGAACGGUGGACAAAAUAAUCAAGGAGGGAAUGGAGGUGCUAGCGGUGGUUCGUCAGGACAAAAUUCUCAGGGUCAAGGGCAGUUCCAGCCGCAGGGUGGAAGAGGCCGUGGUCGAGGCCAUGGGAACGGACAGCGAAACCGUUGGGCGUCGCAGCAGGAAGCCACAUGUAACUAUUGCGCAGAAAAGGGCCAUAUUAUGCGGUUUUGCCAACUCCUUUCAAGAGAUGAGAAGGAAGGAAUUGUCUUCACCACGAUACGAGGUGAAGUCCUUGAUUACGAAGGGAACCUGAUCGACCCCAACAUUGAAGAAGGUAUGAGGAAGGAGGCGUUUCGCCGAAUGGGUCGUCCGCUGCCGGCGACGUUCUGGGUUGCUUCUCCCGAAGAAGCGCGGCUGGCCGGGGUCGACGAGGCGAUGGCCUCGUUAUAUAUUGACGACUCGUCGGCGGAACCAGGAAGAAUUAGGGAACAAGUGGUGGAACGAGCGCAAAACAUCACGAGGCGGCUUGCCCAAUGCCGAGACUCUAUCAUCCGACUUUGCGUGGGCAUAGAGGAAUCAGGCCUGGAUUGCCGAAUGUCUUUCUCUUUGGCGAAUGGGGUGAUAAAAGGGAAGAUGCGUCUGGCCAAGCUGGGACGUCUGCUCCGAGAGAAGCAUCGCAAACUGAGCGAAUGUGGCGUUCUCGUCACGGUCGGAAAGGUCAAACUCCGCUCUUAUUUCUAUGUGUUACCUAGAGUGGAACACGAGGUGCUUCUGGGAAGGGAGUUCCUAUGUCGGUCAAAAAGCAUCAUCAUUAACAAGCAUGAUGAAACCAUGUUUGUAAUCCUUUGUGAUCCUAUCUGCGGUUAUUACGAAGUGGUCAAGUGUGCGAACACUGGACCCUAUUGCUCGCGGAACCGGCUGAACCCGGAAUCCUAUAGCUUACCGGAAUUAUUAAAGUUGAGACGGGAGAAGGAAUCGUUAGGGGAGGAGCCAAAUGCUCGUGAGUUCUCGUUGACCCUGCCUGAUAUUGGGCAGGCAAUCGAUUUUGUGUCGACACAUGCGGCGAUUGAUCCAAAUGUGGUGCAGGCAUUGACGGAGAUCAUCACGGACACCGGAAGCGCAGGAACUAUGCGCCUUAUUUACUCCCCGUCGGAGGGGAAUAAGGAAAAAGAUAAGAAAUUGCCCUCCACUCGAGAGGGUCCUUUUUUAGAGGGCGCAGGCUUGACACCGGCGCCAAACGUAAGUAUAAGAAAGUAGGCGUGAACGCGAAGCUGGUACAUGUUCUGAUCACUUAAGAGGAGGAAGUCUAUUAUCGUGAGGAGCGCGAGUGGAUCAGAAAGAUGAAAGAGAGAGGUGAAAAUGGCCCAUGUCGGUUAACCAAAGAAAGAGUGGAAAGUAUGAUCAUUGGGGAGGAGGACCUCCUCACUGAGUAGGAAAAAGGGUAUAUCAUCGAUAUAUUGAAGGAGGAACAUCUCUCCUAUGCAUACGAUGAUGAUGAGCGGGGAAGGAUGGAUGUCGAUAAAAUCCCGAUGAUCAG